AUGUCAAGAAUAUUGUAUGAUUAUCAUAGCAAAGAUGGUUCUACGUCACCUCGUUAUUUGGAUGAAAGGCAUGCAAGAAUCACGGUAAUGGGUGAUGCAUUAUCAGGGAAAACCUCCUUUAUUUUAAGAUGCAUAUCUGACACUUUUAAUAAUAUCGAAAGUGGUACUUAUAUGGAAGAUAUAUAUAAUACGAAGAUUAAUUUAUCUAAUUUAGCACAGGACAUAAAUAUGAAAUAUGAAACUUCAAAGUCUUUUGUCCACUCUAUUGAGGUGCAGUUGUUGGAUACAGCAGAGUUCGAAAUUGCAGAUUUUUCUGAUAUUAGAAAUGAACAAAUUAUACAAUCAGAUGCUUUUAUACUUUGUUUCGAUUUGACCAAUAUUGAAUCAUUUUUGAACCUUAGGACAUACCAACGAAGGAUUGAAAGAGUACGUGGGAUGGAUGAUAAUGUACCAGUUCUGAUAGCAGGGACAAAAUUUGACUUAAUGCUCGAGCGUUGUGUAGAUAUGAAUGAUAUACUGCAAACUUUACAACGAUUUGAAAUUGACUCUAAAAAGGAUUAUUUUGAAAUAUCGUCUAAAUUAAACAUUAAUAUCAAAAAUCUUUUAUAUAGAGCGUUAAUUGAAGUUGAGCAAUAUAAAGCUGCAAAAAGGGUAGAAUGUUCAAAAAUAAAAGAAAAGGAAAAUUCUACAUCUAGUGAUGUUUCACAGUAUACAUCUACAAAUAAUAAUACCGUAAAAACGUCAUCGAAUGGUUCAAAGGUAGAGACCAGAGAAAUUAUUGAAGGCAACGGUGAUGGUGAUCCUAGUAACAGGUUUUAUAGGCAUAAUGAUAAGAAUAUCAAUAGCAUACCACAGAAGGCAGGAACACUCAUACGGAACCAAACAAUUGAGAGUUCAAGUAAAGAAAAGAGAUCAGCUGAUUUAAAUUCGUGUUGUAUUAUUUGUUAA